AUGUAGUAUGUUGAAGAUAGGUAUGAAAAUGUGCACAUUAAAUGUAGCAUUCUUGGACAACUUUUAGUGCAAAUGUAAAAUCUUUAGUCUUCACGGUAUUUCGGGGGAUUGUUACCAGUGAUAUAAUAUAUCAUAUAUAUUGAUAAAUAAUAUUAUUAAAUCAAGACUGCUGUUACUGCGGGAUGAAAGUGCUACUUAAUAACAGCUACUUCGGCUGUCAACACGUGGUUUAUCGAGUAGCAGACGUCUCUGUUAUGAGCGACGAAUAGCGGCUAAAGUGUCUGUGACAUUUUUAUAGGAAAGUCAAUAAGUCAGGGACUAGUGAGGAUCUAACAGAAAAGAUGAAGCAGUCUCCUGUAUUUGCUGUUUUCCGGAUGUUUCUGCUAGGUCUUACGAUUUUGGUGCAAGUGUCUGCAAGAAAAGAUGAGGCCCUUUUUUGUGCAGUUUGCCGUGCACUUGUGGAAGAAGUUAAUGUAAAAAUUGAAAACGCAGAUCCAGACAAGACAAUCAAAGUGGGCAGCUUUCGUGUGGACUCCAAGGGCAACCAGAAACUUGCUGAUGUGAAAUAUGCCCGCUCAGACCUUCACUUAACAGAAAUAUUUGACUCUGUGUGUGAAACAAUGUCAGAUUAUAUUGUAAUUUUAGAAGAUGAUGGCACACAUAGCGUGGUGAGAAGAAGGGACUCUUCAGGAAUUCCACUGUCACUUAGAAAUAUCAAAUACAUAUCAGACAAAGAGGCACUUCUUCAGUUUUAUUGUGACACAAUAGUAGAAGAAUAUGAAGAUCAGCUGGUUUCUCUCUUUACUGAAGAGAAUACUUCAACAAUUCAGAAGACUGUGUGUGUGGAUGAAACACGUGCCUGUACAGAGCAGCAACUGUCUCGUCCACUUCAACGUCUACCUCCAGAAGACGGGGACUCUUAUUCAAAGAAAGGAGAGGAUAGCGUUGGUGACAAAAAUGCAGAUCUCACUCUACCCACUGAAAACUCAGACACAACAGAGGCUCAAGAAGAAAAUGAUCUGAAAAGUGAAUUAUGACAGCCUCUACUAGGUUAUUUUGUUAUCGUUUCUAAUUAAGAAAUAAAUUGUCAAUUUCUAGUUAUAUAUUAUACCCCACUGAAUUUACACAAAAGAAAGUAAGUGAAUGUGAUAGGUGCAGUAAAAUGCAUGAUCACACUGGAGUGAAUGUGAAUGUGAAAGAUUCAGUGAAAUGUAUGUACACAAGUAAGUGAAUAUGAAGGUGCAAUGAAGUUUAUUUUAAAAUUCGGAGAAAAAUGUGAAGUAAAGGUUUUAUUUUCCUUUAAAAGGAAGUGUUGUGUGCUC